AUGACUAAAGAUAUAUAUAAGUUUGUAGAUAAUUUUCAACAAUUGGAAAAUAUUAUGAAAACAGAAGAAAGAGAAAAACAACCUAUGGAAGAUGCUGAUUGUAAUGAUAUUGAAAAAAAUAAAUUUCAAAAUUUUAGUUCGAAUAUUAAGAACAUAUGUCAUAAGGCACUUAACUAUUCUAUGUAUAUAAAAACCUAUUACUCUAACAUAGAUGAAGAAUCCUGUUGCAUAUAUUUGUAUUAUUGGCUGUAUCAUACACAGUUGAAUGGAAAGAAUAUAAACGAUAUUAAUUUUGUUUAUCGUGAAUUGAUUAAUAUAAGUGGUGAAUCAUACGCUUUUUAUUGUAAUAAUCAUAAGAACUUUAAAAUUACAGAUGAUGAAAUGACAAAGCUGAAGGACAUAUAUGAUUUAUAUUCUAUGCUUAAUAAUAUAAAUGAUGAUACAAAAGAUUCUCAUGAACAAUGUGCAUAUGCCAAUAAAUGUGCUAUUAUAUAUAUGAAUCACAAAGAUACAUGUAAAUACAACAAUUUCUCUAAUUUCUGUAAUGCCUUAGAACAGUUAAAAAAUAAAUAUAAUAAAAAAAUGUCUUCUAGUAAUUGUGAAAAUGGUUCCCCCAAAACAUUACCUUCAUUACGUUCAAAUAAUUUUAUAAAUCUCACAUUAAUUCCAAUUGUUUUCACUACAUGUGGUCGAAGUAUCAGAUAUGAAUUCAUAAAGAAAAAAAAAAAAUAUAAUAAUAUAAAUAAAGAAAGGAAUAUACUCGGUUCCUCUGAUGCACCCACUUGUGAUUUUAGAAAUAACAAAUAUCUUAUAUUAUAUAAUACUCACUAA